CGGCGGGUGGCUCUGUCAUCACAAGUGCGCGCCGCAGCCGCCGCCAGCCGGGGAAGCGCUGUUAUGGCGAGCUCAGCAUCCACUGUGCGACCGCCGAGGCCCAAGAAAGAGCCGCAAGCACUCGUCAUACCUAAGAAUGCGGCCGAGGAGCAGAAGCUCAAGCUGGAGCGGCUCAUGAAGAACCCGGACAAAGCAGUUCCAAUUCCAGAAAAAAUGAGUGAAUGGGCACCUCGACCUCCCCCAGAAUUUGUCCGAGAUGUAAUGGGUUCAAGCGCUGGGGCUGGCAGCGGAGAAUUCCACGUGUAUAGGCAUCUGCGCCGGAGAGAGUACCAGCGACAGGACUACAUGGAUGCCAUGGCUGAGAAGCAAAAAUUGGAUGCAGAGUUUCAGAAGAGACUGGAAAGGAAUAAAACCACUGCAGAGGAGCAGACUGCAAAGCGUCGGAAAAAACGCCAGAAGUUAAAAGAGAAGAAAUUGUUGGCAAAGAAGAUGAAACUUGAACAGAAGAAACAAAGAGAAGGCCUGCCUACCAGUGAAUCCCACGGUGAUCUUAAGGUGAUUUUGUUCCUGGUACAGCAAGAGGGGUUUCUCGAUCUCAGCACUAAUGACAUUUUGGGCUGAUAAUUCUUUGUUGUGAGUGGCUAUGUCCUGUUCAUUAGAGGGUGUUUGACAGCAUCAUGGCCUCUACCCACGAGAUCCCAGUAGCUCCCGCCCUCCCCUCAGUCACUGACUGUCAGAACUGUCUCCAGAGAUUGCCCAUUGUUCCCUCGGGAAAGAGGGAGACAAAACUGCCCCCAGUAAAACUCAUCUCAGCCGGUAUCUGGUAUUGGGAAUGCACUCCAUGUGUUUUGAACUGUUUGUUUCAAGGCCAAAACUCUUAUGCAUACUGUGUUUUAAAACUAUCCAUAUCCUUUGUGUUUUUGAGAAUGAAGGUAAUAGAUGAUCAUUUUAUAAAUUUUUGGAAUAUACAUAAAAAAUAAAAAUUAUAGUUCUUACUAAAAAUAAUCACUUUCACAUUUUAAUCAUGUUUAUUGAAAUUUUAAAUAUAUAUUAUAUAAGCCUAUUUAUAUAAAUACCAUAUGUAGAGUCGUCCUGAUUUUAUCACAUAACACUGCAUCAAAAUAUUUUCCCAUGUCCUUGCCAUUGUGUGGCUCAAGAAAGGAUUUUUUCCUUGUCUGUUCACUCAUCUGAUUUUUAAAAAAAGGUUAAUUUCAGUUACACUCAUUGGCAUUUCAUUUAGUAUUCCUAUAGAAAGUGAAUGAAAUCUCUGAUUUUUGGAUUUUAAAAUAUUACAUAAAUAGUGUAAGAUCAAUCAGAAAAUGUCAUGUAUCAUCAUCCUAAUAGAUCAUGUUUCUAUCCAUUUGCCUUUAGUCCAUAUGCACAUAUCAUUUGUAUGUAGUUAAAAUCAUAAUGUAUGAAGUUUUCCAUUUGGUUAAUUUUAACUUUGUAGGCAUUUCCAGUCCAUAAUUUUUUCAGUGACUGAUAAUAUCCAACAAUUGAAAUGCCAUGAUACACCAGACCCUUCCCCGUUUGUUGGACAUUAAAUUGAUUCCAGUUUUUGUCUUUAGAAGACACUUCAGUGAAGGUUAUGUCCUGUUUCCCUUCCCCUUUUCUGGGUUAAUUUCCUAAAGGUAAAUUUCCGGCAGUGGGAAUGACUAGAUCACAGAGCAUAAAAAGAUACCAUGGCUCUUGAAAUGUAUUGCCAAUUUAUUUCCCAACGAUUAUUACCAGUGUUACUUUAUCAACAGUGUAUAACAGUUCACACUUUUACUAUAUCCUUACCUAGGUAGGAAAUUUUAAAUUACCUAGAUAGGGUAACUUUAAAAGCACUGGCUUUUCACAGAGAAUACAGUUAAUGACUCUAUAACAUCUUACUGCGUUGAUGGACAGUGACGGCACUGGAGUGAGGACUUGAUAAUAUGGGUGAAUGUUAAACCACUGUGUUGUGUAUUUGAAACCAUCAUAAAAUUAUAUAUCAGUGAUACUUUAAUUAAAAAU